GGUUUUUCUCAAACCCAGAUUCCCCUGUGAGCUGCUUGGUGGUAAGGGCGGGGUUUGGUUGGUCCUUCAAUUGUUGGAGUUCGGCUUCAUGUUCUUCAGCGUCGAGCGCCCAGGCGCUAGGCUUGCCCCAUGGAGAUGAACCCAGUUCUGGGUUUCGUGAAGGAACCCAGAUCUGGGUUCCUCAAGGAACCCAGAUCUGGGUUCCUUGAAGGAACCCAGUUCUGGGUUCCUCAACUGGGUUCCUUCACGAAACCCAGUUCUGGGUUCCUUGAGGAACCCAGUUCUAGGUUUCGUGAAGGAACCCAGAUCUGGGUUUCGUGAAGAACCCAGUUCUGGGUUUCGUGAAGGAACCCAGAUCUGGGUUCCUGGGUUCCGUGAAGAACCCAGUUCUGCUUUGUUUGGUUGCUCUGUUUCAAUUUUGAAGAUUGUCUUUGUUUGAUUGCUCUGUUUCAAUUUUGAAGUUAUUCUUUGUUUGAUUGCUUUGUUUUCGUUUGGCCUUCGAGAACUCAACUGAA